CUAGCACCAAGCCAGAUGCUGCCAUUCUCCGUGACAUUUACGACCCAGCUGUCCCUGACUCCCCUACUCACUCUGCCUCAUCGCACCAGCACCAGCACCAGCAGCAGCGGAUGGAGCAGCAGCGGCAGCAGCAGCAGCAGCAGCAACAGCAGCAGCAGCAGGAGAUGCAGCAGCAGCUGCGGAUGGAGCAGCAGCAGCAGCAGCAGCAACCGCAGGCAGUGCAGCAACAGCAGCCGCAGUAGGAGGUGCAGCAGCAGCAGCAGCAGCCACAACAGCAGCAACCACAGCAGCAACCUCAUCGGCAUCGCUGCACCACCUCUCCAUUUAUCCUCCCACGCAUCCACACUCGCUCUCAUGGCCCACUCAUAGGCCAUCCAUGGGGUUGGCCAACGC